UCCCAGAAUGCAAGAUACCGACGGCGCUGCCUCUGGUUAGGGAGAGUCGUCGGCACACACGAGGACUUGCUUUGAGUGCUGAGUCGCACUGCUCUUUUUGUAGUGUCGCCGUAUUAAACCGGCUCAGUAUUUCUUUGCGAAAUAGUAAAGAUUAUCAUACAUGUAAUAGGUCACUUUUAAGGCACGUUUUAGGAGAGUGGCUAUCAAGCUAACUACGUCGUCGCCGCCACUUAGCCAUUUAGCCGCAGUAACAAGACCCGCGAUGGACUCAAGAGACACUGCCCCUGAUUCUUGGGAGCAGGAGGACGAAGUCGAGGCCCCGAGCGACACGCAGCUCCAGUCCGCCUUCACUGCCCUCAACGUGAACGCCAAGCCGUUCGUCCCCAACAUCAAUGCUCCCGAAUUCGUCCCGAUCUUUUCCCAGAAAGGGCCUUCGGAAGACCCCGAGGCCGGCGGAAAUGAUACAGGAGCCACAAUGGAAGUUUCGGAAACACUUGUACCGGUGGAGAACGGAGAGACAGAAAUGAACACAGAGGAAUCAUGGGAACAGAAGGAGGAGCCUGGUGAGGCAGAGUGUCGAAGUGGCCCCUAUGGGGACAUGGGCUCUGUGGAGGACCCUCAGCAGGAGGAGAUGAUGGAAGAGGAGGAGGAGAUGCUUGUGCCUAAAGUAGCUCCUGCUCUGCCAGACGCGCCUAAAAAAGAACACGUCAAUGUGGUGUUCAUCGGCCAUGUGGAUGCUGGGAAGUCCACUAUUGGAGGACAGAUCAUGUAUUUGACGGGAAUGGUGGACAAACGGACCUUGGAGAAAUAUGAAAGGGAAGCAAAGGAGAAAAACAGAGAGACCUGGUACCUUUCUUGGGCUCUAGACACUAACCAGGAAGAGAGGGACAAAGGGAAGACUGUGGAAGUUGGCCGUGCCUAUUUUGAAACAGAAAAAAAGCACUUUACCAUUCUGGAUGCCCCAGGCCAUAAAAGCUUUGUCCCGAACAUGAUUGGCGGGGCAUCGCAGGCUGAUUUGGCGGUGCUGGUGAUUUCUGCACGAAAAGGCGAGUUUGAAACUGGCUUUGAGAAAGGUGGACAGACGAGAGAGCAUGCCAUGUUGGCAAAAACGGCCGGGGUCAAACAUUUGAUAGUCCUCAUCAACAAGAUGGAUGAUCCUACGGUCAAUUGGAGCCUGGAUAGGUACGAGGAAUGCAAGGAGAAACUAGUGCCAUUUUUGAAGAAGGUCGGCUUUAACCCCAAAAAAGACAUUCAUUUCAUGCCUUGUUCAGGACUAACGGGGGCUAAUCUUAAAGAACCCACAGAGCUGUGCCCUUGGUAUACGGGUUUACCCUUUAUUCCACACCUUGACAGUUUGCCAAACUUCAACAGAUCGAGCGACGGUCCUGUCCGGUUACCCAUUGUCGACAAGUACAAGGAUAUGGGCACUGUGAUCCUCGGGAAGCUGGAGUCAGGAUCUAUCAGCAAAGCACAGCAGCUUGUGAUGAUGCCCAACAGGCACAUCGUCGAGGUCCUAAGUCUGCUCUCUGACGAUGUGGAGACGGACGAUGCCAGCCCCGGGGAGAACCUCAAGCUCCGGCUGAAGGGAAUCGAGGAGGAGGAGAUCCUGCCCGGCUUCAUCCUCUGCAAUGCCGAGAACCUCUGUCAUACCGGGCGCACCUUUGACGCCCAGAUUGUGAUUAUUGAACACAAAUCGAUCAUCUGCCCCGGUUACAACGCAGUCUUACACAUCCAUACCUGUAUUGAAGAAGUACAAAUAACAGCCUUAAUAUGCCUGGUAGACAAGAAGACGGGCGAGAAAAGCAAGACACGGCCGCGGUUCGUCAAACAAGACCAAGUGUGUAUUGCCCGCUUACGGACGGCUGGAACCAUCUGCCUUGAGACCUUCAAAGACUUUCCCCAGAUGGGAAGGUUUACUCUUCGAGAUGAAGGCAAGACCAUCGCUAUUGGCAAAGUGUUAAAACUGGUGCCCGAAAAGGACUAAGGGGUGUGGGAGAACGCUGGCCCCAACAGCUCUGUUAAGGGUGGACAUGCGCUGCUGUCCACUUCACCUUGUGCAAGCAGGAGAUUAAUCAGAAAUCGACCUUAAAGAAUCUCACAGCGAAUGGAGAAUUGGUUUUUAAGAAAAGCAGUAUGUAAGAAACAGUCCAGCGUGUGUCAGCUUUCUCAUAUUGAGAGCCAGCUAUGCCCGUCGUUUAUGACCCACACACUCACAUUGAUCUCUACUUUAGAUUUCAGCCGACACCUUUAUCCGUAAUCUCCUUCCUUCAUAAAGGAAGUUGGUGCAGUUAUAUUAAGUAUACAGAGUUUGCUGGUAAUGGAACUAUAGUUUAUAAAAAAUUAAUUUUAAAAAACAAACCAAAACGGAUAUGUUAAGAACCUGGUCUUACACGUGUCUCUUUUUGCAAAUCUGGAUCGGUUUCUCAAAACAAUGUUCUUGCUGCAAGCGUGAGUGCACGUUAUUAAACCCUGUUAAUGAAGUGCUCCAUGUAAAGAGGAUCCACAGAGUUGGUCAUUGUAAAAGUUUUUCAGCAAUUUUGGUUACUCCAGGCUGUACCGGUUGUUUUCAAAGAGCUAUUAUGCAGUUAUCACUGAUUUAAUAGAGUUACUCUGAUACGACUGUUCGACAGACUAAACCAUUUGUUUUUAACAUGUAAAUGCUUUAUCUUGGCCUUGUCUCAAAGCUAAUUCAUGCCCUUCCAUGCAACCCUCGGGCCAGUCUCCCUCCUUCUUGAGCCGCUUUUCAGCCUUUUGCCCCACAGGCGCCCAGACAACAGCAGCCUGUUACGUAGAGCCACGAGCUUCUGGAGAGCAGUGCGUCAUCUGGGCUGCCAUGCCACAGAGUGGCAGUGCAGCCAGCCAAUCACAACCCAGGUUUCUGCUGCUGGCCCUUCCAUCUUUCCACCACUGGCCCACUCUUAUGCGUGGGGGAAAAACAUAUUUUUGUCAAGCAGAUUGGUUCACUUUAUUUAGGUGUUACCCUCUUUUUGGUUUUCAGUUGUAAUUGGAUUAAUUCAGAAUGUGAAUAACUCGACUUACAACUCACAGCAUCUUCAUUUGAGGCGAAUUUGGGACGGUUAAUGCUCCGCUGAGAUGUGCCAACCUUUUUAUGGGGCUGUUCUCUGAUUUCAGUCUGUGUAGACUUUUUACUUUUAAAUAUUCUGAAAUUAAACAAUCCAAAAGAAAA